AGGAAAACAACACACCUUCUCCAUUUCAUCUUCGAACACAAAAUCAGAACUGCCGGCUAGGGUUCACGAGAGAGAUGAAAUGAAUUCAGAUGGCAGGAUUGCUCUCAUAUUGCUCAUCCUGAUGAUUGAUUAUGUAUAUAUGUUGUAUUCGCAUUUCAUUGCCAUGGCUUACUCUUCCCACCUGUCUAAUCUCCAGCGACCUUCGGUUUUCAUCAACGAAGCUUGUGCCCAGCAGGCAGCACCGAUUUCUCAGCUCCGACCAGUUCUAUUGGCUCUCACAUUCACUCCGUCACUCUCUCAAUCUCUUCAUUCAGAUGGAGCAGGUUCUGGAAUAAGGCACGGGUUUGCAAGUGUUGAGUCACUUAGGGGACUUAAAUACUUUGGCCCAAGCCCGAGUGUCGGUCACUAAUAUCAUGCAAGCAUGUGAUCACUCAAGAAUGAUUAUUAUUUAUUUCUUGUACAGAUAAUAAUCGUAUUUUUUUUAACAAUUAAAAGCUAUAUUCUGUUAGUAGUAAAUUGUGACUCAUAAUCACUGAGUUAAUGAACUCGGUUGGUGUUGGUUGGAUUGGUCACUCUAUUACAAAUUUUAUCUAUU